CUCAAAUGGCCAUAAUUUCCAUCCAUCUACAAAACCACAUAAAGUAGCCACUCUGUUGAUACUUUCUUUGUUCUUUCUCUCUGCAAAAGAGCUAACGAAUAGAUAUAUAUAUAUAUAUAGAGAGAGAGAGAGAGAGAGAGAGAGAGAGAGAGAGAGAUUUGACAGGGAUGAUAGGUGAAUGUGGAGGUAGAGAGAGGAAAAAUGGAGACUUUUCUUCAUUGCCAAGCCUCUCUCUCUUCAAAAAUGGGCCCAUCAAAAACCCAACUGUCACGUAUUCUUCUUCCUCUUCUACUCCUCUCCCCCAUUGUUAAAGUUCUCUCUUUCUCACCCUCCUCCUUUCACUUUCUCAUUUUUCUCUCUCACUUCUCUCUUUCCUCUUUUUCUCAGUCUUUAAUGCCUGCCCAUCAGAGGUUUCCUCAUAAAAAAUAGUGGGUCGGUGAUGUAGUCUCUCUUUUUGGUUGUCAAAAGUUAGCCACCCAUAAAAAAAAGAAGUCCUUGUUUUGUGUUGAAUAUUGAAGAUUUCUGAGUGUUUGAUCUUCGUUUUUCUUCUUCCUUCUCAUUUCCUUAGUUGUUUUUUUCUUCCAUUUCCCGGGAGGUAUAUUAUUUUUAUUAAGGAAGAGGAGAGGAUUUUGGGUGUGUAUCAACAUUCCUCCUGGCGCAUGGAGCUUUGAAGUUGAAGCAGAAUUUUGAAGAAAACUUGUUUUGUUUUGAUAAUUGUCGGUGAGUUUGAAGAAAUUUGAUUGUGGGAUUCCAGAAAAGGCUUGCUUCUCAGAUUUCCAUUCUGAAUUGCAGAGAUUUAGAGUUAAAGAUAUCGCAUGCAGUGAAACUUUUUCUUUCUGCCUAGUUGUUAAACUGUGCUUGCAGAGAAUCAUGUUUUCUGGGCAAUUUUGGUUUUCCCGUGGCCUAUGAAGGCUAGUUUGAAUAUGGAGUAUGUUCUGAUCAAAUCUUGCCCAGUUGAUCCUGGCUUAGUUUUUGUCAAUUGGGAUAUCAGAACUGAAUUCUUUAUCCGAGAUCAUGAAGUGGAUUGGUCUCUCCGUUAAAGGGAAGAUCAAACAAUAAGAGAUUCCUUUUCAACCUCUAUAAGUUCUACACACUUGUUGAAGGAUUGUGAUUGAUUAAAAGGGUGAAUGAGAUCUUUGAGCAUAACUCUUUAGGAAACUUUGGAGUGUUGUAGAUUAUACUUGUUUUGGUAAUAUAGCCAGCUACAUUGUUGCUUCUUCUUCUUGGUCUUAUCAGCUUAAAGGAAUCAGAGGAAAUUGAGAUUUCCAAGGAGCAAAGUUUGGAAGGGACGAGAAAGAACAUAACAAAUUCGAAAAAAUUGUGCUUUCAGUAUGCCGAAAAAAUCUCAGAAACGCCCCAUGCGAUAUGAGAAAGACCAGCUUGGCUGUAUGUGGGGCUUGAUGAGUAUGUUUGAUUUCCGUAAUGGUCGAUCCACUCAGAAACUGCUGGCAGAUAAGAGACGUGGAACCCGACAUGCUGCUGGUCCUGGACGUCCAAGGAAUAAGAUCGACAAAUUAACUUCUUCCAAUGAGAAUUGUCAAGGAACCAUAGAUUGUGAAGACAAAGAUGCUGCACCAGGAAAUUUCAAGCCAAGCGUGAAGAAACUCAUAGAAGAAGAAAUGUUCAGUGAGCACGAUGCAAAGAAAGAGUUAACAAAUAUUGAAGUAAUUUUAAAGCAGCCUGAUUCAGAAUAUGAAGGGCACAAAAGGAAGAACCGAAGAAGAGGAAAAAGAAGCCGUAAGAAAAGCUGUGAUAACAUUCAUGAUAUAAAUAAAAAUGAAAAUCUGGGGUCUGAGUGUUAUCAAUACUCAAGGCAUCAAACAAUGAAUAGUCUUGAUAUAGACAAUAUGAUGGAAGAGUUCUGCCACCAGAUCCAUCAAAAAAGUAUAGAUUGCAUGAAGCAUGACCAGCCUGGUGAAGUGCAUUCCCGAUUGAACCAUAAUAAUCGUGAAUUUAAAGAAAAAUUCACCGAGAUAAUCAAGUUCUUGAUAAGUCAGAGGCUCAUAGAUGGGAAAUAUCCAUCACAGGAUGGCGAAAUCUUUUCAUCCAAGGACUUCGCAGAAGCUCUCCAGAUUUUGGGUUCAGAUGAGGAAUUGUUUCUGAGACUCCUACAAGAUCCAGAUUCACUAUUGUCAAAAGAUCUUCAGGACUUGCAAAAUGCUCAGGCAGAGAAAGAAGAAAACCUCAAACCAGUUGUAGAUCAUAACUUUCCAGAAAAAGAGCUUGGUGAUGUAUCAAAAUCUGAUGUACUUGCCAGUCGAAAACAGCACAACUUCUUCAGGAGAAAGGCCAAGUCUCAGCAUGGAAACCUUUUGAAUGAAAAUAAACCCAGUCAAACUUCAAAUCGAAUUGUUAUUUUAAAGCCAGGGCCAAAAACCUUUCUAAAUUCUGAAGCUGGAGACAUUGUUGGCUCAUCACCCCAGUCUCACUACAUUGUGAGAGAGAAGGAGCAGAGUGAAAGAGUCGGUUCCCACUUUUUUCUUAGUGAAAUUAAAAGAAAGUUGAAAUAUGCUAUUGGAAAGGAGCAGCAAAGAAUCUCUUCAGAUGGAGUCUCUACAAGAUUUUCUGCUGAGCAUCAAAAUUCAGGGGACUCUGACAAAGGGACUAAGGAAAAGGUUAGAAGGAACUCCCCAUCAAAAGAGCACUUCUUUAUUGAAAAAAUGGCAAAACCUUCAAUUUGGAUGAAGAAAGGAGACAGGAACAAGCUGAAGGACUAUGAAAUAGGUAGGGAACAUGAAAGUGGGAGUCCAAAUCAAGGGGUGUCCAACAUCUAUCUUGAGGCCAAGAAACAUCUAUCUGAGAUGCUGAGCAAUGGGGAUGAUGAUGUGGAUAUUUCAAGCAAAAAAAUUCCAAAAACCUUAGGGAGGAUUCUUUCUCUUCCUGAAUAUAACACCACUCCCAUUGGCAGCCCUGGAACUGAUUGGGAGCAUAAUUUUGUCACAGCACAAAAAAGAUUUUCAAUCUCUGAAAGGUUCCAGAAGGUGAAUGAAAAUGAGCAAGAAAACCAUGUUAGCCUCUCAGGACAAACAACAGAAAACCCAGAGGCUCAACGGCCAAGUCCUGUAUCUGUUCUUGAGCCACUAUUUACAGAGGAUGACAUCAGUCCUGCAAAUACCAGGCUCCAUUCUGUUGAAAAACUAAUGCAACCGCUGCGUAUUCAAUUUGAAGAAAAUGACUCUCCAGCCACAGAUCAAGGUAACCAUGUGACAACUUUUAUGGAUGACAAGAGAUCAUUAUUUGAGCACGUGAGAGGGGUUCUUGAAACUGCGGGCAUGAACUGGGAAGAAAUAUAUAUCAAAUCACUUUCUUCAGAGCAGCUCCUUGAACCAUCAUUGUGCGAUGAAGUAGAGUUCUUUCCCAACCAGCUUUGUUAUGACCAGAAGCUCCUCUUUGAUUGCAUUAAUGAAGUUAUUGCAGAGGUCUGUGGGAACCAAUGUGGCUGCUCCCCCUGGGUAUCAUUUGUUAAACCAAAAUUUCAGCCUCUUCCGAAAAUGGAAAAUAUUAUCUGUGAGGUUCAGGAAAGAGUCUAUUUGCAUGUGCUUCCCAUGCCACUGCCUCGUACACUGGAGCAGAUAGUCAGGAAAGACAUGGCUAAAGCUGGAAUAUGGAUGGACCUCCGAUUUGAUACAGAUUGUAUCGGCAUUGAGAUGGGUGAAAUGAUACUUGAUGAACUUAUUGAGGAAACUAUAUUCAGCUCUUUCAAUGCUAGUGUAGAGUCUGAACAUUCUGCUCUUCUGGCUGUGUCCAAGGAAAAUGGACAGGAUUAAGCAGGAAAGGUGGUGCUCAUUUUUUUCCACAUCAAUAAUUGAACUCACCUUACAUCAGAGUGGGGGAAAAUUGCCUCUAUCCUGUGCAUCAACGUCGUGCGAAGCUGGGAUGGGCUUUAGGUUAACUAUCACAGUCUCAUAGACCUUACACACAACUCCACUGCUGUUACUGACCUUGCCACUGAAAUCAUGUAGAUACUACAGAAUUUAUAUCCCUUAGCAAUUAGUGCAGAAGCUCUAGAAAGCGGAAAGUAUCGGAGGAUUCUUUCUUCAUCAGCAUGGUAUUAGAAUACCAACUCUGUUUUUCUGUCUUUUCUUGGCAAUGACAAAUAUGAUAGCUCUUACCUGUGCUUUUCACUAGUUGACUACAAAAAGAAAAUGUUCUUCUCAUUGUAGAGUUUGUAGAAUUUGGUGUGUUGAGGGUGUUUUUUUUUUGGGUUUCUUUCUUCUUGGUUUGAUUCCGUUAAUUCUUCUCUUUCAUCUUUAUGAAUUGAUCUUUUAAAAUCUCAUUUUUAUUUCUUUUGUAUCUACAAGUUUGGGAGUGUUGGAAGCUUUGACUACUGUUGAUUUGCAUAAAAGGAAAGAGAAAAUAAGAUCUGUUCCUCAACUCUUUGAA